AGUCGUACUUGUUAGCAGCCGUGCCACGGAGUGUUUUCACGGGCUUGAACUUCCCACUCACGGGGAGGGAUUUGGCGUUGACUGGAGGGCCAUUCUCUGGGAGGGGAGGUGCUCGGCACCCACACCGAGCUGCCUGUGCGGGCUUCUCUCAUGGCCCAAGCACUGUCCUGGUGUGGAGCAGAAGCGCAAGACCCCAGCUUCGACGCUGGGAAGGAGCAGGGCUCCCCGGCAAAGCUCGUGGAAACACAGCCUGUGGAAACCCCCGGAGGAAAACCCCAGGAUGAGGCACGGAGAGGUGCCUCUCUCCAUCCCGCUCCCUCCCUCGCGGAGCUGUCUGAGCAAGUCCCGAGCCGCAGCAGCCGCCGUGCUUCCCAUCACCCUUGUCACGCUCGCCCAGGGAGCGAAACUCUCGCAAGGACGGAGCUGCGCCAGCCCGUGCCACUCCAGCGGGGACACGCAGCUCUUCCCAGCCCAUGAACAACCCAACGCGAGCUGGGAGGAACCGGGAGGCAAGGAGAAGUGGGGAUGUGCGAGCUGCUGCUUUGCCCGGCGACGUGCAGGAAGUUUGCAGCGGUGCCAGAAAUAGAGCCUGCGCCUGCACCCGAACCGCAAAAAAAAAAAAAAAAAAAAAAGCAAAAAAAAAAAAAGCAAAAAAAAAAAAAAAGCUGCCUUGUCUUAAUUCAACUUUUUUUUUUUUUUUUUUUUCUCUGCUUUCUUCCUCGUCGGGCCGAUCCAUGGAAAGGGAAACAAAGGCAAGGAGAACCAAAACAAACCCGGCCGGGCGAGACGGCUGCGAAGCCUCCGAAAGGCGAGCGUGGGACCUUGCCCCCUGCGACCGGGAGCUAACGAAAGGUCAAAAGGAAGCAGCGCCAGAGAACACCCUUCCUCGCGAGUUGCUGGAAAUUUAGAAAAACAGCGCCUCAAAAACAAAGCGGCGGUGCCAACGCCUCUCCAACCUGCCGGUUAUCAGAUGGGCGAGCUGGGCUGCCUGGCAGCUGGAAGCGGCUCCCGGGGGAUCCCAACAGGGAUCCACAAGAGAUUGCUGAGGAAGAAGAGGCCCCACGGCCCCAUCUUCUGCCCGUCCUCGCCAUCUUUCCCAGCCAGCACCGAGAAGUGGCCAUCCUAAUUUUAAGGCCAAGGUUGAGAUGGUCUCGGAGCUGGCACAAAGAGAUUGCAGAAGCGAAGGGGGAUUUUCCCCUCCCCAAACUCAGCUGGAAGGAGGGCUGCAGGCACCCGGAGGUGGCCUGGCUUCAAAAGUGCCUCAGGAGCAUUGCAGAAGUACUGGGGGACAGGAAUGAGGACAGAGGGGGAAGACAAUGGUACAACAAGUGAAGUUCUCACCAUACAAGAGAGAUAAUUUGGGGGCAGAACACCAAUGCCAGUCCUUGAGGACCCUGAAAGGCUCCACCUCCAGGAUGCUGAUGGGAAGACACCUCAAAGACGACAACAUCCCCAUCUCCGGGACUGGGAUGAGGUCUCUCAUCCGUGGGAGGAUGCUCUCCAGGACAGCAGAAAGCUGGGCUUGGAGGGAGCCCUCAGCUCCCGCAACCCCAGGGGAAUUUGGCAGCCACAAUUCAAUUUGCAUUGGGUCCAUGACAGCUUUUUUUGGGGGGAGGGCUGGCAAGCGAUGGCGUUAGCCUUGCUUGCGUGGGUGAUUUCAGCUCGGGGAGCACAAAUCCCGUUAGGGAUGGGCAGCAAUCUCCGAUUCCUCUCCCCCAGCCAGCAAACGCCCAUCACAGAGGGGGAGGUUGACACUGAUGGGAAGAAAGCAUUACAAUUUCAGACCUCCUUAGUUAUCCCUUGCUUCAGGUAUUAUUCCCUGAGCAGUUUGAAGACAGCCACUACUUUUUCCAUGUUAAACAGAAAGAAAGCUAAAGGGUUAACCCAGCCACUGCAAAUAUUCAGGAACAUCAGACCACAAAUGGGAGCCAGAAUAGCAUCCCUGCGCAGAGAGGCAGCUGCAAUACCACAGCUCCCCUGUCCUGUGACAAACAGUGUUUGCCACACCGAGCGCUCCUCACUGCACAGCCAGGUCCCUCAGCCUCCCCGGGGCAUCUGCACCUCCCUUACACGGAUUUGUGGCGGUGGGGAUUUUAUCCAUGCCUUUCAGCCUUGGUGUGGGGAAGGACAAGGGUUUGCUACUCUUACCCUGGACCAGAGCAAGGCAGAAGUGGUGCAGCGUGGGCUGAAACAUCACCACCAGCGGCAUCUUCUUUCCAAACCCACGUGGGUCUGGGGUUGUGGACCCAGACUGCAGAAGUCAUAUUUUUUAUUAUUUAUUUUUUUUUUUAUUUUAAUGAUCUUGGGUGCUUUGAUGGCAGCAGCAGACCGAGGCUGUAGGCUUAGAUGUAGCAUCCAAGCGCCUCAACAUUUUUAAUUUACGUAGCCAUCCUACCACCUCCAAAAGGUAAAAACCCCAAACCUUUGGCUCUGUUUUACAUAAAAGGAACUGAGGAUUAGAAAAAUUAUAUGAUUUGCUGGAGGCCAAUCGGAGAGUCUGUGGUAGGGGAGAAAUUUGACUGUGGGUCUUGAAUUAGCAACCUACCCCUUGCUGCCUCUGUAGUGUUUUCUCUCUGCUUUGCAUACUUCAGACUGAGACAUGCUGGACAAGCUCCCUCGGGAUGAGGAGUCAUUUUUAGCCCCAUUUCGUACAGAAACGAAGCUCUCACGAUCACGUUGUCUAUCUGCCUGUCUAUCAGCCGCCCACAACACGGUUUGAAUCCACCGGCCAAGUCCAACCAAACCUGGCAGCGAGGAGGAUCUCUCAGCGGAGCGACUCGGAUGAGCUCUCCAGCAAGCGGGAAGAGGGCGAGAACGCAGAGCGUGCCCUGUGCGCUCGCCUCCUGCCCCUCUCCUGCUGGGGAGAGAGGGAUCGAGCUCUGGGCACGAUGUUUGGGGCCGGGAAGGGAGCUGAGCUCUCUGCAGGGACAUCCUGGGGGUGCAGCGAGCCCAGCCACAAAGGUGGCAGAAACCUCUCGCCCCACACUCGCAGAGCAACUUCUGCUCUUCGUGCUCCCUAAGCCCCGGCGGCUGCUCCUGGGGGAAGAAGCCAAUUACCAUAUUGCAAUGAGUUAACCUUAAAUGGUCUAAAAUCCAAACCUCUGCAUGCAAAUGAAUUCCGAUGGGUUAAGCGAGAUAAAACACCGCCCAGCCACAGCUGAGCCCCAGCCCAGCUCGUUCGCUACCCGAGAAACUCGUGCGCUCGCGACUGAAGGCAGCGCGCGCUCCUCGGCGAUGCAGUCAGCCCCGCAAAUAUUUGUGCCUCCCCCAGCCCCGUGCUCCAGCCUGGCCAGGUGCAAGGCUUUGAAGGCAAAGCCUUUUCAUCUGUGUUUUCAGAUUUCCGUGGGCCUGUUUUCUUUCAGUGCUAAAGGUGGGAGGCGUGGGCGAGCCCCUCCGGGCAGGGUGUCGGGUGGGCGCUGGGCUUUAAUCCCACAGCCCCGCUGCUAAAACCCCCGCAGGGUCUACCCCUAGGACGUACCAGCUA